AUUUCUCUCUGUCGCACUAACAUGGAAAGUAAUAGAGAGAGAUUACCGUUUCAUUCGCAACGGCGUAAACGAUUGGCAUCUUUACUAAGCGCUCUGGUAAGAAAAAUAGAAAAAGAAAACUAUCGAUAUCGACACUUCAUUCACAAUCACACCACUAACCAUGUUUAUAAACAUCGCCCAAAUCAUAGUAAGCAUCGAAAAUUCUUGUUCAUUUCUCAGUCCACUUUACUCGCUGUACACCUCAAGUAUUUCAUUGAUUUAUCGACAUUAAUGGUUGCCAAAAAUGCCUCGACAUUAAACCGACUAGUGAUGUUGCUUCUUGUUGGUUUAUCGAUAGGUUUUGUCGCCUGUGAAGGGUUUUUGCCGAACAACGAAUUUGGAUCGCGUUAUGAAGCGAAUAAAAUCAACAAAGGGAUCUGGCUCCGCCAUAGACACGGGGUGGACGGACGCGAGAACUCGGGACAUUUCUUCCGGUCCAACUCCAAUGAAAACGAGCCAGAUGCACCAUUUGUGGCCGCUUUGGCUGUGAGGGAAAAGCGGUCGAUGCUCAACAAAGACGGGAAGAGGCACAUAAACAGUGGCAAAGGACUAACAAAAGAUCAAAACUCAAUAACUUCACUCUUCAACGAUUUUCCUCUAAGUGUAGCAAUGCUGCUAGAAAACUCCAAUAACAAACAUAUAGAAUAUAAUGAUAUAAGUAAGUCCACAGCUAAAACUGUAUCUGACGUUGAAAAUAAAACUAAUGUAGUACAAGAUAAUCAUACUAACGAUGAAGAACAUUUUAAUUAUUUAAAAGAUAUACUAAAUAUUACUGAAGGAAAUGCAACUGCUAAAAGGAGUAUGAAAUACGACGACUUGGUUGUCGAUAGAAUCGAUUUAAUUGAUACGUAUAAUAAAAGUAAUGAUUUCGAUAAAGCACCUAACGUAAGCAGAGAAAAAAUAUUGGAAAAUGAUCCAAUUCCAGAUAAAAAUGCAUAUGAAAUUCUUCAAGAACCAACAACAGAAUCAGCAACACCGAGGCCUAUUACAGAAAAAGGACUAGUAAAAGUACUUACAAUGUUAACACGGACUUUCAAAAAAAUAAUGAAACAACACAAUGCCAUCAAAGUUAUUCAUGAUCAAAUGAACAACGCAAACAAAGACUUUGAAGAUAAAAUCGAAGUCAACUCAAAAAAACUGAAUGAAUUUGAUGAAAAAUAUUCGACUAUCUUAAAAUUAGUUGAGAAAUUAAAUAAGUUUCAUGAUUGUUUGAAGAACAAGGAAGAUAUGUUCAAAAAUAAAGAAGAGAUAAUGUCUAAAAACAUGCUUGAUUUUGAGAAUCAGCAAAACAAGUUCUUAGCUCAGCAACAACAAUUUUACAAUAUUCAGAAAAUGAUGCUGUUACAAAAUGAAAAGAUUAAUGAAAAACAAAACUCAAUUGCAAAAAUACAGAAUGAAAUAUCUCAUAGGCAAAACCAUUUCGCGAGAAUAUUUAAAAAGGCUAAACAAAGUGUUCAAAAUAACAAAUAUCUAAAGGUUAAUGCGGAUUUAAUAGGACCCAAAGCGAAUAACGAAAAUAAUACGACUAAAAUGAAUACUAUUACUACAUCAGAACGAACAACAUCAAUAGAACCAAUUAAAAUAAGUCUAUUAUCUGUACCAACUAAUAACUUUAUAGAAAAUCAAGAUCAAAUGAUACUAAAGGAAAAAGAUGACAAAUCAGUAGACGACUUAAUUUAUAAAUACUAUUUCAACAACACUUUUAUCGACACAAUAAUAAAGAACAAAAUACUGGGAGGAAUCCACAUCGGAGACAAGACAAGCAUAGCAAGAAGCGCAAAACUUUCAGCGAAACGAAACCAGAGGAAAUUCGUCAAAAAUGCUACUAAACCAAAAACAACUUUAUUAUUUCCAGUUGACAAAAUCAGUUUUAAGCGAGAACGAAGGUGGAUAAACCAUCAUUCAACGCGGAAACAUAGAAAACGACACCAUAGCAAGGGGCAUCCACUAUUAAAAGACACCCAAAACAAACAUGAGAGACUCAUGAAAUCUACCACAACUUCUGAACCUCCGAAGGUCGUUAAAGAAUCAGAUUUGACAGCGAAAGAUCCAUUCCUGAUGAUGGCAACUAGUUUCUGUAAAGAAAUAGGACAGAACAGCACAAAACAGACACUGGACUGGUGUGUGGAGAAGGCGAUCAGACGUUUGAGCACUUUAGAUAGAAACAUGAUGGCGCCUAACAUUGUCCCUAUGCUGCCGCAGCAGCCAAAUGAGAAAAUUACCACAAAACCGCCUACGACACCAACCACAACCACAACUACGCACGUCACUGAAGUACCCGUUUCCAUUGCAACGACACCACCGGCGUUAUUCAUCAAAGAUACUCAAAAAUCAGCAACUAAAAUACCAGGACUGAAUGAUAUUCAAUUUUUCCCAGAUAACCAGGAAUUGGAACAAAAUUUAAAAGCAUUUGAUCUAACUCCCGACACGGCUGGGAACGUUUAUUUUGAAGGAAGUCUACACGCAAGCGAUAUAAUUGACGACAAGCAAAGCGAAGGCAUGUCUGAUGUGUUACCGGGCUACGACAGUAAUUCGAAGAUCGAACUUGACCCAAAAUUUAUUCGAAUGCAGCUCAGAAAGAAGCAUCUUCAACUCAAUAUACCUGCGAAAAUAUGGAAGAACUAAGAAGCAAAAGCCAGCAACGAUAUGAAUUGAAAUUCUCGCAAGAUUUCGAAACUCCUGAACAAAACUUAUCUUUAGGUAAAUGAAAGUAAACAAACAAUUUGUACAUUCUCGGGUAGUUGUAACAUUUAUUGGUUAACCAACCAAUUACAAAACCACCUGGAUCUGUGACUGAACUGACUUAACCUACAUUAUUUGAUCAUGUAAUGUUUCAUCUACCCUCAACUGGCUUAAGGACCCGUCUGAGGGUAGAUUUUGUUUACUUUUAUUUAAAUAUCUAAAGAUACAGAGUACAGUUAUCGGUUUUUGCGGAUUCCGCUUCGAUGGAUAAGAACAAAACCCGCUCCAUAAUAGUUGUUAAUGUUAAUAUAAUUUUAUUUAAAAUGUUUGUUUACAAAAAUAUGUACACAACUAAAUGCAACAGACUAAGUUAAGUUAGGUUAUGAUGUAUGGCAGUAGGUAAUUUAAGAUGCCUAAAUAAAUAAAUACGGAAGCUACUAUUGUUACUCUGAGAGUACGUCUGAACGUCUGUCAAGUUAAACCAGUUUAACAGCACUGGCUUCCCUCGAAUGCGGUGAACCCUAAAAAAUAAAUACUUGCCUAUAUGCUCGUAGGUCUAUUACUUAGAUCAGAGAGCUGGUAUAGAAGUUACGCGGUAUUUUUUUAUACUAUGUCUCCGUAGCCUAAUGUACGUCUGCAGCUCCAGAGGUGCUGCGUUGCUGACCCUAACAUUCCGCACCCUCGUUGAGCUCUGGCAGCCUUACUCACCGGCAGGAACACAACACUAUGAGUUGGGUCUACUGUUAUUUAGCUGCAAUUUUCUGUACCUAAAGUGGAGCCGGUGGAGGUACUCCCCAGGCUGCUCUACACUAGAUCUGGAAUGACAUCCGCUGCGCUGUGCCCUACCACACAAAGCGAGAUAACAUUCACAGUGUAUGGACCUUUUGAACGUAGUUAAAGUUUUUAUUUAUAGUCAUUAUAUUUUUAUUUAUUCAGUAAAAUACAAAUCAUCUACAUCUUGGCCAUAAUAAUUUCUUACCAGCUACCUCAGAAUCUGUAGACCUUUAUUUCUGCCAAAAAACUCGCUCCUCGCUGGUCGCCAGAGGUCAGACCGCAGCCUUAGAACUUGAUAACUUUAAGCCACCCCACACUCUGUCUGCUCGACGCAACGUCGGCGCAACUGCGCAGCGAGGCCAUUUUCCAUAGCACUGACUAGACGCCGACGCUCAAAAGACGCUAGUAUGGGGUGGCUUUUUGAACUUGAUAACUCUGAGCCACUCCACACUAACGUCUCUCGAGCGUCGGCGUCAACUCUAUGGCUGCUGGUCGACGCAACGUUGGCGUGACUGCGCGUCGACGCCAUAUUCCAUAGCGCUGGCUAGACGCCGACGCUAGUGGACCCCACACUAGCCAAAAUGUAGCUUUAGAUAAUAAGUAUUACAUAGUGAAUAAGAUAAUAUGCUUUGACCUAAACGUAAAACAGAAGCAUAGUUUUAAUAAAAUGUGAUACGUA